UGUGAAAUGAGUAGGUGACGUCAACCGUCAUUCCGUUGAGAGCGCAACAAACAUGGCGACAGAAUGGAUCGGUAAAGGCUACACGCUGACUUUAACAGUGUUAUUUUUGUGUAAAGUAGGCACAUACAGAGCGGAGACCUUGGGCAGCGACAGCAGGAUCCUCGGCAUGCGGCUGGAGAAGAGCGACAAGCCCGCCACAACUACCGACGACGGGAUCAUACAGGUAACCGAGGAAAGCAACAUCUUGCUCAGGUUCUACGGACUGCAGAUCAGUAAUGACACCUGGUCGCAGAUUAAGUUCAUGGACCGGGGGGAAGACAGCAGUUCUGUUUUAAAUAGGACUUGUGCAGAUUUUACAAAAGACUUCUCCAUCGGCACCACAAUGAGUGUCAACAGCCAGGGCACAUCUGGACUGCUGCAAGUCAAAAUUAAAUCACUUAGGAAAAGUGAGUCUCAGAGGGAUUAUGGCUUGUGCUUCAGACAUAGCCAAGAUCUAAAGUGGUAUCUGCUGGGAGAGAAUGAUGGGAUAUUACGUGUGGUGGAGGAGAAGAAGUCUCUUCUCCCUAUUUGGUUCCAGGUGAUGUUGAUAUGUUGCCUCUUGGUGCUGUCAGGUAUGUUCAGUGGGCUAAAUCUGGGGCUCAUGGCUUUGGACCCCAUGGAGUUGCGAAUAGUGCAGAGUUGUGGGACGGAAAAAGAAAAGAAGUUCGCGCGCAAGAUCGAGCCCAUUCGGAGGAAAGGAAACUACCUGCUGUGUUCGCUUCUCCUCGGCAACGUCUUGGUCAACACCACACUGACCAUCUUGCUCGAUGACCUCAUCGGUUCUGGUUUAGGUGCCGUGGUGGCGUCGACCAUUGGCAUUGUGAUCUUUGGUGAGAUUGUUCCCCAGGCGCUCUGCUCUCGCCAUGGCUUGGCGGUAGGUGCCAACACCAUCGUUCUCACCAAGUUUUUCAUGUUAGUGACUUUUCCGUUGUCCUUUCCCAUCAGUAAGCUCCUAGAUUGCGUGCUGGGCCAGGAGAUAGGCACAGUGUACAAUAGGGAAAAGCUGGUGGAGAUGCUCAGGGUGACUGAGCCAUACAACGACCUCGUGAAAGAGGAGCUGAACAUGAUCCAGGGAGCUCUGGAGUUGAGGACUAAAACAGUGCAGAACAUCAUGACUCCCCUGAGUAACUGUUACAUGAUCAACAGCGAUGCCAUCCUGGACUUCAACACCAUGUCGGAAAUCAUGGAGAGCGGAUACACGCGCAUCCCUGUGUUCGAGGGCGAACAGACCAACAUCGUUGACAUCCUCUUCGUGAAAGACCUCGCUUUUGUGGACCCAGAUGACUGCACCUCCUUAAAAACCAUCACCAAGUUCUACAACCAUCCGGUCCACUUUGUUUUUCAUGACACCAAGUUGGAUUCCAUGUUGGAGGAGUUCAAAAAAGGAAAAUCACACUUGGCAAUUGUUCAGAAAGUUAACAAUGAAGGAGACGGAGAUCCGUUUUAUGAAGUGAUGGGUUUGGUCACUCUGGAAGAUGUCAUUGAGGAAAUCAUCAAAUCAGAAAUCUUGGACGAGUCUGACCAAUACACCGAUAACCUCAACAGAAAGAAGGUGGCGCACAAUAAAAACAAACGUGACUUUUCGGCAUUUAAACAAGAGAGUGAAUCUAAAGUCAAGAUCUCCUCUCAGCUGCUAUUGGCCGCUCACCGCUUCCUUGCAACAGAGGUUAAUUUGUUCAGUCCAUCUCAGAUCUCUGAGAAGGUCCUUCUACGAAUUCUUAAACACCCUGAUGUGAUCCAGGAGAUCAAAUUUAAUGAAAACGACAAGAGUUCCCCACAUCAUUUCCUUUACCAGCGUGGCAAACCCAUAGACUACUUCAUUCUCAUACUGCAGGGCCGUGUGGAAGUGGAGGCUGGAAAUGAAAAUAUGAAGUUUGAAACCGGACCUUUCUCUUACUAUGGUGUCAUGGCUUUGAGUGCUCCAGCAUUAGUGAAUGUGUCUCGUUAUCAUCGGUCUUAUAAGAGAUGCUCUAUCUUCUCCCGUUUCCCAGAGUUUCGCUCAUCUUCUCAUAUCAGUGGUCUGAAUCGCUCUGCGUCGCUGAAUUACACGGAUCGCCCCGAAUCUCAAUCCGUAAGCGGCAGCAACACUCAGCUCAGCAGCGCCCCCUUGCCGCAGUACACACCAGACUUCAAUGUCCGAGCUCUCACAGACCUACAGUUUGUUAAGAUCUCACAUUCUCAUUAUCAGAAGGGAGUGAUGACGUCUCGAUUCGACAGCUCACCGCAAUCUCCAGACAGCGGCCACACGCUUGUGGAUAACAGCACAUCUUCAGCCCCAAAUCCCUCUUUAGAAAACAUGCUCACGCUUACGGACAACCCCGAUGAGACGACCUCGCUCCUCAAUGAGCAGAACAGCCUGUCUGCCCGCCAGGCCAACCACAACAUGCAUAACGAGAGCGCCAUCUAACACAAGCACACGUAUGACCGUCGACACGCUGCCAUCAUUGAGCACGUGGUUGACAACGGUUCGGACAUAUGGAGAUUACCAACACACCUACAUGACAUUUUGCACUUUUCCGGACAAUAAUUCAAUUGUCUUGAAUAAUUAUAACCGUUUUUAGCGUUAGCCAUAACAGCUGACAGUAACUUGAUUCUGAUGAAGCAGUAUAUCAGUGUGGGCCUAUGAAAAGCAUUCGACGACAGGCGUGGGAUGAAAACCAAAGUGUACCUGGACUGAAAAAGACCCCCCCGUUUCAAACAGACUGUUAUGGGGUGUUUUAUAGACGGUGCAAAUAGAGACAUUUAUAUAUACAAAAAUGUUUAUUUUGUCAUUUUUCUAUUAAGUUGGCUCACGGAAACUUGUCAUCGUGAAGGAAGGAAACUGCGGAUGCCUUUUUUAUUUCACGUCAGUCCAUAGUUACUUUAUCUUUGUACCAAAUAAUAUUGAUGUGUGUGUGAAAGAUAGGAUGAGAGUUUGUGACUGAUAUAUAUCAGCGAGUGUGUGUUUGUAUAUAAAAUGACACACGAGUCUGAUUUGGGCCGUCGGAGCUCAAGCAACAACUCAGGGAGAUUGUGACACUAAACUUCACAUACAAACUGCAUGUUGGAUAAUUCCCCGUUUAUUAAUAUGAAUCCAUGCAACAAGUGAUCAAAACGUGAAGCUAGCAUGCUGUUGUUUAAUGCACCAAAUACUGAAAUGGUAAAAUACACUGCGUAUCUUAAAAGCAUACAGGAACACGUGGCAUCCACAUGAUAGUUUUUCUGUCUGAAGCGAUACGUAUAAUAGGUGUCAUUGUGUGUGUGUAAAAUUGUGUCAAGUCCUUUUUAAAAUUAAUGUAUUGAUUUUUUUUUCAACUCCAAAGAGAACAAGCAUUAGUCACUGUCGUGCAACUGUUUCUUUUUGUAAAACGAGUCAAAAUAUUUGUGCGGACCAGAAGUGAACUAACCAAAAUCAAAUAUCUUCUGUAUUUAUUUAGCAUACAAUUGUACGUUUUAAAUGGUUUAGAUUACUUUGUAUUUGUAAAUUCUUAAAAUUUCUGUGUUUUAUAAGCAGGCGCGUGGGAUGGUUGUUUAUACUAAGAUUUUCUUUUUGGUACAGACUCAUUUAGAUUGGAAACGGGAAAUCAUAAUUGUUCUUCUGCUUUUUCUUUUUCCACUGUUGCUUUUAAAACCAAAUAUGUUUAAAAUGAACAAUCAAAGUGAAAUGUAGACACCUUGCUGAGAAGAUAUCGGCACCAGUGUCACAUGACUAGCCAAAUGAAUGCCUCUUUUAUGUAGCAUCUCCCGAAUAUGAUGAUGCAAGGACUGCACUGUUUAUAAAGACACUCCCUGUUCGGUCGAGCUUUAAAUCAGUUCAUGUUUAUUAAUUAUUCAAAACACACUUUUUUGUGAUGGAAACUGAAGCAAUUUGUUGGUGUGAAAACCUCCUGAUUCUUUUUAUACUGUAUUUUCCCAAGUUAUUUUGUGGUUUGGGAGAGGUCCUCUUUUAGAUGAUCUAACUUUGGUUAUUAAAUUAUUUAUUAAAUCAGUAUAAUACACAAACUA